GUACCUUUUACAGCUGGCGGAUAUCAAUUCGCAUAGUUUGGCCGACACGUAGCUAUUUCUUUGUUCCAGAGAAACAACCUAAACGCGGCGCCAUGAAGACUCAGGCGACGCAGACUGAGCUCCCGCCAAUGUUCCGUCGUGUGCUUCCGGUGACCCUCAGUCCCAGAACUAUCCAUCGCGUCAAGAUGGUGUCACAGGGUGCUCAAACGAACGGCAUUUUCAACGGCAGAAAAUUGACCAAAAGUUACUCGGAAGCUGGACAAUUAGGGACGCCGCUUGGUGGCCAGACUGCGCCGACGAAAGAAGAAUCUGAACACGAGCCGCUUCACAGGACUCAAAGUGAAGAGCCACCGAGGUCGCCCUUUCUUAUUUCAACAACACCACCACCGAAACUUCCCUCUAUCACCACUGCCGUCGUCGUUGAGGAAACCUUGCCAAACGGAGAUAUCGCGAUCGUUCCUGUCGGCAUUUGUCAUCAACAUCGUAGAUCCCUCGACAUAGACGACCAGGAGAUUUUUAUAAAUUUCAAACCGGCACCGGUGUCGCCAGAUGCCCGGGCGCUUCUCAGCCGGAUUUCUGAGCCCGCCCGUCGGUUCCUUCCUCUCCAGAAGACCUUCUCCGAUGGCGAGAUCCGUGUCGAGAGACGCGAGCUCAUUGGAGAAAGUAGCGAGCCGAGUUAUCCUCACACCUGCAGGAGGAAUCAGCAGGAUCCUUGGGACAGAACUGUCAGAGCACCCGUCCAAUUUUCCUCGACACCCGAGGAUCUGUCCUUGUUACGAAGCCUCUCGCCUCACGAGGAUCAUCACGAAGAGGAAUUCCAUGAAAAUCUGAUACGUCGAGGAAUACUCUUUCGAAAAAGAAGCGUAUCCCUCGAGGACGGUGUACAAGGUGUACCGUCGGAUGAUUUUAUGCUUCCUAGAUCACUUCCAACAUCACCUACAUCGCCAACCGCGACAGCAACAACGCGAAGGAUAUCGCAGGCUCCGAAGGACGAUUCGUUGCCCGCCUGCGCCUUAUUACACACCGCGGUCUAUCCGCCUGCUUUCAGCACCGGGACCGGCAUCGCCGGCACCAGCAUCAUCGGCCAGGUGACUUCACCGUUCGCGUCGAGUGAUUCUUUAACGAACGAUGUGACCAGGGACCACAGCGACGGAAUAUGGAACGAGUCGCAAGCGACGGUUCUCCAAGCUGAUUCGUUAGCUCUAUUGACGCCAUCCUCAAGGAGAAGACAUCUCCUGCUUUUGCAACAUCAACAACGUUCCUCGAUGGACACCGAGGCUCUGGACGUGGAAGACGAUGUGGAACCUUGCCCGCCGAGUCCGAGAAUACGUCUGGAGCCAGCCACUCCGGUGCAACCACUCACACCAAGACGUUCUUACAGAAUACAAGAUCUGUUACCGGUACAGUUUCAACAAAUUUACUACAAUGAUGUAGCCCCAACAGCACAUUUUUAUGCGUACGACCUCAUCGAAUCAUCUAUUUCUGCGAGUAACGGCCGACCGAGAAGUGGAUUACGCCGCGCGAGUCCAGGUCCGCCGUUGUCUCAGCCGCAGUCGCAGUCGUCGAGCGAGUUCGGUUUGAGCCUGGCGAGGACCGACUCGGGCGGACGCACCGAUAUUUCCGAGACCUCCGAGGAUUACGUCACUGCCAAUACUUCUACGGAAACCGGGACCACUACAGGCACGUCCGCCACGACCAGUUCCUGGUCGAGGCCACCGCAGACGUCCAGCGCCGCGGCGUCGGCGGCGUCGGCGCCCGCUUCGACCACCGCGACCGCCGCGGAAGGCAGCUCCUUCGAGAGCGCGAGCUCAAUUUACAGCCUGGCGAGGAGCGAGGCUGUUAUUGAGGAGCCGUGUAGUCCGCCGCCAAUUUUAGAAGAAGCGGAAAUCACGUUUGGAUUAGAAUUACCUCCGCCGACAAUGAGGUCUAGUAGCAGCAGUAGUUCAGGUAGCUAUGACCUAAAAGACGCGAUGGCAGAUCCGAAUAACGGGGUAGAGCAAGUCGCUCCACACAGCGGGCCUGCCUCGGAGACUGAAUUGGAUCGGGACGAGGGUCAUCGAUCGUCGUCAGGCGGUUACGCCGAAUCGCCACCCGACGUUCGCAUGUGGAGCGAAGAGGAGCGCCGUCGAAAGAAGAAAACCUUCAGCUUGGACUUUCUCGCAACGGCAACGACGAGCAACGUCGAGCUGGAGCACCCCGCGGAGCCGGCGUAUCCGGAGAACGUCGAGGUCAGUCCAACGCCCAGCCAUCGGCACAGGUCGCGCGGCAAGCCAGCGUCGACUCGAAGUCCUCAUCGAAAUAACAGAAAACGGGACUCCGUGCAACAGUCGGCGCAGCAGCAACAGCAACAAGUGCUCAAGAGUCCUCAGAAGGAGGAAUGGAGGAUGGAGCAAACCGAGGACGGUCAGCACGCGCCGACGUCCGACGAUUCGAGCUGCAGUCAUCAUUAUCACAUGCAUCAUCAUCACCACCAUCACAUGCACCGGGAGGGUGCGGAGAGCACGAGGCAUCGUCGCACCAGGGAAAGCCCGAGGAGGAAGACCAGCAGUUACAUCUCUACCAGAAGACGCAGCAAUGAGGAUAAGAACGCGGCCAUAACGGGCAGUUUACCGCGAAGGAAGUCCCGCGUCGCAGACGACAUAGUCUGCUCCAGUCGCCUGAGUCCCGGCCGCUAUCAACGUAGCCCGGGGCAUAACGGCCAGCGAGCGCUCGUUGUGGAGGCACAAAGUCCGGAGACGAGACUGAAAGCGGUGUCGGCGGAAUCGUUGAGAUCCGCCAGCCCGGGCAGCGACAGUGUCUUUUACAGCGAGAGCGCCGAUCAGCCCAUGUCCGUCGCCGCUUUGGCCGCCGCGCACUGUCAGCAAUGUGGCAGAGAGGUGUCGGAAGAGAUCGUUCGACCACCGGCAGGUUUUGCGGACUCCCCGGAAGGACACAGAACGUCUUCCAAGCACGUUACAGGACACCGGUUGUACAAGAAGUUCGACAAAAGGUACAGGUCGGAAGAUCGAGGGGACCGUAGACAUCGCCGUAGCAGCGCCGGUAGAUCGGACAUUCGAGCCAAAUCGGAGGAGAGAGCCACCCCCCGGCCAGGAAGCAGAGGUUCCAUCGACGAUACAGGCAGGAGAAGGCUGCAAGCUCGAAGCACUGACGCCAGCAUGGAGAUUCUUACGGGAAGAGAAGACGAGGAUACUUACGUGGAACCGUACUUGAGCAGCGAGUGGAUUUAUAUCGGGGACCUCGAGGAGAGCCACGUAUGGAGAAGACCUGACAGCAGAGAUGGUGACGACGAGGAUAACGGCUAUAAGGAGCGACGAGGCUCUCAAGAAUCCACGGAGAGCGAGAAGAAUUUUAAGAAGAGAUAUCAGGCUGCCACGCAUAGGAUGGUACAUCGAAAAACCAGCGGCGAGAUGUACAAGAGGAUACAAACGAAAUGUUUCGAGAGCGACAAGAGGGUAGUUGUGAGACGCGAGGUCGGCGGUGAGUUCGGAUUCCGCAUUCAUGGCUCGAAGCCCGUGGUGGUUUCCGCGAUCGAGCCGGACACGCCCGCGGAGAGUUCCGGUCUCGAGAUCGGCGACAUCAUCAUGUCGCUGAACGGCCGAAACGUCAUAGACUCCACGCAUUCGGAGGUCGUAAGGCUGGCGCACUCCGGCUCGGACGUUCUGGAAUUAGAAGUCGUGAGGACCUGCAACGUACUGACGCCGCGUCUUCGCAACGGGGCGAAGGAGAACGCCGACGAGUUACCACUUUGCUCGGGCUACCUGUGGAGAAAAUCCACGUCUUCGUGCACGGAGAAGUGGGUCCGACGAUGGUUCGCCCUUCGUCGCGACAACUGCCUGUAUUGCUACAAGACUGACUCGGACUCGCAACCGGUGGGAGCGGUGAUGCUCCUCAAGUACGACGUGGAGCAGACACCUGAGUUGAAAGUGCACAGUUUCGCCAUAAAGAAAAAGGGCGCUCCGACGCUACGACUGGCGGCCGACACCGAAGAAGCGGCAGGUCGAUGGAUCACGGUUAUACGUGAAGCUGUCGAAAGGAACGAUCAGAUUGACACCUGGCUGGACUCUUCGUUAAGAAUGAGAGAGAUGGCUGCGUGCGCUAUUCAUAGGCCAGAUUGUUUCGGGUAUUUGAACAAACAACAGGAACACGCGCGGAAAACGUCCUCGCCCACCGGCUGGUCCAGGCGAUAUUGCGUGUUGAAGGACGCCGCGCUAUAUUUCUACGAUGACGCCAAUGCCGAGAAAGCGUUUGGCGUGGCGUGUCUGCAUGGUUUCAGGGUACACAGCAGCGCUCCGACUUCCGGCGGCAGGAAGCACGCUUUCGAGUUGCUACCGCCGGAUCCCACGCAGAGAAGCUAUAUCUUCGCUAGCGAAUCAGAAAUGGAUAAGAAACGGUAAUAUGCAAGCCUUGAUCAUUUCCGUCAUGUUUGACG